AUGGCGCCCCUUCCGCGCCGAGAACUCCUCUCCAGGGAGAACUUCCCGAAAGUCUUCGGCAGCGCCAAAACCCAGUAUUACAACGAUCCAGCUGCCAAAGGACCCGGGUCGCAUACCAUUCGUACACUCGCAUGGAACCCGGCCGGCCAGCUAAUUGCGACUGGCUCCGCUGACCGAACGCUGCGCAUCUGGAACCCCGAGCGUCCUGCUGUUCGAUACUCUACCGAGCUGCGCGGACACACUGCCGCCAUUGAGAAAGUACAUUUCAACCCCGUUCGAGACGCAGAGCUAGCGAGUUGUUCUGCAGAUGGAACGGUGCGCUUUUGGGAUGUGCGCUCGAAGACAUGCGUGAGCCGUCUGGACGUUGGCGGAGAGGCGUUCACACUGUCUUGGUCCGCGGAUGGUAAUACCAUGAUAGUAGGAAAAAAGGAUGAUACCUUAAUUCCGAUCUCUGUACAAUCACCUUCAAGUCCCAAUAUCAUGACCAACGGCUCGAGCAAUACCUCCAAGCCCGGCGCAUCAAUCUUCAAAGCAUUACCAUCACACCCCCAGCCCGUCCAAACAAAUGCUACGACCUUCUCUAACAACAUCGCUGCCGACAACUCCCCAGACCUCCAUUUUUUCGCAACGACAGGCGACGGCACCGUUAAAAUCAUAAACUACCCUUCCUUCAACAUCGAACACACUCUGAACGCCCACACCUCAUCCUGCAUGGCCGUCUCACUCGCUCCUACAGGUCGCUAUCUCGCUAUAGGCGGAAGCGACGCGCUCAUCUCCCUCUGGGACACGACAGACUGGAUCUGCCACCGCACGUUAUCAAGCGAGAACGGCGGCGGUAUCCGAGGUGUCAGCUGGAGCUUUGACGGACGGUUCAUCUGCGGUGCUUGGGAUGAGCUUGGAUGUAGUGGGACCGGACUCGAGAUCUUCCAUGCUGAGUCCGGUGAGAGUGUCUACUCUGUACCGAUGAACGGGAUUAAUGCUUGUGUGCCUGCUGUGGCGUGGCAUCCUUCUAGGUAUUGGUUGGCUUAUUCGACGACUAAUGAUGGUCCUGGGAGCGGAGGAGCUGGUGGUUUAAAGAUUGUUGGUGCUGCGGGUGGAAGUCUGUGA